AUGAAGGACCAGGGGCAGUACUGGAAGGCGGGAGCGGGCGGCGGCAGUCAGCCGUAUCACUAUGUGCCGGCGCAGGCGUUUGAGGCGGCAUUCAAGGAGACGCAGAUCGGCAAGGCCACUGCUGCCCACCUCUCGGUGCCCUAUCCAAAAGAAAAGAGCCCCCAAGGCGCGCUCGCUCACAAGCGCAACGCGCUGCCCACCUCGGAGAUGUUCCGCGCGGUCUUCGAGCGCGAGUGGCUCCUCAUGAAGCGCAACGCAUUCCUCUACGUGGCGCAGACCAUCCAAAUCAUCCUCAUCGCGCUCGUCACCAUGACGGUCUUCUUCCGCACCACGCUCGACAUCUCCCUGCAAGACGGCAACUACUACCUGGGCGCCAUGUUUCUUCGGCCUCAUCAUGAUGCUCUUCAACGGCUUCACAGAGCUCACGCUGCUCGUCAUGCGCCUGCCCAUCUUCUACCGCCAGAGGGACACGUUUCUGUACCCGGCGUGGGCGUGGGAGGUGCCCAUGGAGCUGCUCUCGCUGCCCUUCUCCGCCUGGGCGUCCAUCAUCUGGACCGCUGUCACCUACUAUGUCAUCGGCUUCGCACCGGAACCGGGAAGGUUCUUCAUGCAGAUGCUGCUCUUCUUCCUCAUCCACCAGGUGGCCAUCUCCCUCUUCCGCCUCAUAGGAGCGCUGGGCCGCAGCAUGGUGGUCUCCCAACACCUUCGGCUCCUUCGCCCUCAUCCUCCUCUUCCUGCUCGGAGGCUUCGUCCUCGCUAAGGGUGAGUGUUGCGCUCGCUCUUAUAACGACUCCCAUCUCCCCUCAUAUUCUUCCCCCUCUCUCUCCCCCCUCCCAUUUGAUUUUCCACUCUUUCGAUAUCCUUGGCACGCACCACUGCCCCCCACCACCAUUCUCCCUUUUCUUGCGCCCGCACCGGCAGACGGCAGCCACGACGUGUGCAUGUGGGCGCAUGGGCUCUCCUCAUCCCGCCCCCACCAUCAUCGCUCCCUCUUCUCCGCCCCACUGCUUCCAUGCAGGCGACAUUCACAACGUGUGGAUCCUGGCGUAUUGGAUCUCGCCCCUCAUGUACGGCCAGAACGCCCUCGCUGUCAACGAGUUCCUCGCGCCCCGCUGGAACGUCGUGAGUGCUUCCACUUGCCUCUGUUGUUUGGAUGCGAUUCCCAACUGGAUAGGACUCACAGCCAGCUCAGAUUCAUGGGCUUGCUUGAGAGUCGCUCAUCCUUCUCAACCCUUCCUGCAUCUCUACCCUCCCCCUGUCCCUGCUCGUACGCCUGUGCAGUCCGGCGGGUCCCCUCUUUCCCCCUACGGCCCACCAUGGGCAGGUGCUGCUGGAGAGCCGCUCGCUACGACGGAUGACAGGUGGCUCGGCAUCGCGUGGGCCCGUCCCCAGCCGGUGGUGUCGGAGGAGCAGCUGGAGACGAAGCACGCCGCCCGCACAGGCGAGGUGUUGGGCACAGCGGGCGGCAGCAGAAAGCGGUCCACGCGGCAGGGCAAGGGCACCAGCAGCGCGCUCGACCGCUACUGCACCAGCCACACGGCUUCUCGAGGUGAGGGGUUUGAGAACGGGUUCACAGGUGUUACGUGGAGUCACAGCCCGAGUCCACCGAAGGCAAGCACGGCAUGGUGCUGCCGUUCGCAGCCGCACUCGCUCUCCUUCCACAACGUCAACUACUUCGUCGACAUGCCCGCCGAGAUGCGCGCUGAGGGCGCCCCCCCGACGCGCGCCUGCAGCUGCUGCGAAACGUGUCGGGCGCCUUCCGCCCCAAGGUUGCUGACGGCGCUGGUGGGCGUGUCGGGCGCGGGCAAGACGACGCUGAUGGACGUAGCUGGCGGGGCGGAAGACCGGGGGGUGACGGUGCACGAGAGCCUGCUCUUCUCCGCGUGGCUGCGCCUGCCGGCUGAUGUGGACGUGGAGGUGAGGGAGGAGUUUGUGGAGGAGGUGAUGGAGCUGGUGGAGCUUGAUAGUCUGCGCGACGCCAUGGUGGGGCUGCCGGGGGUCAAUGGGCUCUCCACGGAGCAGCGCAAGCGCCUCACCAUCGCCGUCGAGCUCUUGCUGCUGAUGAAGCGGGGAGGCGAGGUGAUAUACAUGGGCCCCUUGGGCACGGACUCGCGGCUCAUGAUAGACUACUUCCAGGCCAUCCCAGGCGUGCCGCCCAUCCGCGCCGGCUACAACCCGGCCACGUGGAAUGCUCGACAUCUCCACCCCAGCCAUGGCCGAAAAACUCAACGUAGAUUUUGCCGAGAUACUUCGCACAAUCAGACCAGUUCCCGCCGCAACGAGGAGCUCAUCGAGUCGCUCAAGACGCCCCCGCCGGGCCAGCAGGACCUCGCCUUUGCGACAAAAUUCUCCACCAGCUACCCGUCGCAGUUUUGUGGCCAAUCUGUGGAAGCGUCACGCAAUGUACUGGCGGGCGCCCGACUACACGCCGUGCGCUACUUCUUUCUGUGUCAUCAUGGCGCUGCUCAUCGAGCCAAGUUCACUCAAUCAGUCAUUGCCUCUGCUCCUGCUUGCCUGUGCUGCAGCAAAUUCCGGUGUGGUGGCGCUGGUUCUACUGGAUUAACCCUGUCUCCUGGACCCUCUAUGGCCUCAACGCCUCACAGCUGGGAGAUGACGACGACCCUGAAGGUGCCAGGGGAGACCCCGGACCCAACGGUGCAGGUGUAUCUGGAGGAGGUGUUUGGUUACCAGCACUCAUGGCUCGGCUAUGUUGUGCUUGUCAACAUCGGAUUCAUCAUCCUCUUUUUUACUGUCUUCGCUUAUGCGCUCAAGAAGCUCAACUUCCAAAAUCGCUAA